CCCAUUUCUACCACACCAUCUCAAGCUCAAAUCAAAUACUACUUCACUUUACCUCACUAGCUAGCCCUCUUUGCUUUCUUUGUUUCCUUCAAAUUUAGCAUUUUUUUUCAAUCCAUUCAUAAAAAAAAUGGCAUCGUCGUCGAUUUCGCACUCGGGCAGCAGCAGCAGAUGGUCUGCCCAAGAAAACAAGGCCUUUGAGAGGGCUUUGGCCGUUUUUGACCAAGAUACCCCUGACCGUUGGGCCAACGUUGCCCGGGCCGUAGGGGGCCGGACGCCGGAGGAGGUGAAGAUGCAUUACGACAACCUCGUUGAGGAUAUCAAGUACAUUGAAAGUGGGAAGGUUCCAUUCCCCAACUACCGGACCACUCGUUGAGGAAAUCUGAUGAAGAGAUUAAAUAAGAGAUGGAAGAUGACAACAUAUCUAAUUGAAGCAAAUAUAUAUACAUUUUAAAUUUUAUUAUUGUAAUGCGGCAGUAAUUUCGGAAUCACAUAGUAGAUGGUGAUUCUUGCUAAUGUUGGACAAAAGUUGUCCACAUAAAUAAAUAUGUAGUAUGUGAUAAGGCCUUUUUAUAAAUCGUCUUAUAUCGAUCAGCGUUUUAUA